AUGCUUCAGGCUUUUACUCGCACAUGCACUCCUGCUUACUCGAAAUCCUACCCAGUUUUACGUGAUACUACCUCACUUUCAUACUUGUACCCGGCUCGGAGAUUUCUGUCAUACUCAUCACACAAGAUGCCUUCAUCCAAGGGAAAGCCCACUGACCCUGAGUUGAGAGAGGAGAUCAAGGAAGAAAUCAAGCAAGAACCUAAUAAGUCGGGCGGAGGAGAGGGACAAUGGGCCGCGUGGAAGGGCGCGAAAUUAGCAAAGGAAUAUGAGAAGCAGGGAGGCGGCUAUGAGAACGAGGCGGGGUCCAAGAAUGAGCCGAAAAAGGGCGAACCCGAGAAGAAGAGUGAGAGCAAGAAGAAGGCUGAGACUGAUGACUAUCUACCUGCUAGGUAUAGAGUGAAGGACAUCACCGCAGAAAUGCAGCAUCCCACAGAAGACACCGACUCCCAAGACGAAGACGACUGCUGGACCCCCCUCCAAGUCGCCGCCCGCGAAGGCGACCUCGCCGCCGUCCACGCAGCCCUCGCCUCAGGAGCAGACGUCAACGCCCCGCCGCGGGGCUACUACGGCCGCACAGCCCUCCAAGCCGCCUGCGAAGCCUCCCACGGCGCCGUGGUCUCGGCGCUCCUCGCAGCCGGCGCGGAAGUCAACGACACGCCCGGCAACAACGGCGCCAAGAACGCGCUGCAGAUCGCGGCAGGGAAACCGGACCUGGCCAUCGUCAAACUCCUGCUAUCCCACGGCGCCGAGGUCAAUGUCCCCGCGUCGCGGUACUUUGGCAUGACGGCGCUGCAGAGCGCUUGUGCCGCGGGGCUAGACGACACCGUCGCGCUGCUGCUAGACCACGGCGCGGACGUGAACGCGCCGCCGGCGUCGACGGCAGGUCGGACGGCGCUCCAGGCAGCGUGCGAGGGCGGGUUCGAGGAGAUGGCAGCGAUGCUGAUUCAGCGGCGGGGGGCAGAGGUGAACGCGCCGGCGUGUCGGAAUCGAGGGUUCACGGCGCUGCAGGCGGCGAGCUACGGCGGAGGGGCGGGGCUUGUCGAGCUGCUCCUUACGGCGGGGCCAGCUGCAGGCGCUGCAGGUGCGGGGGCGGAUGUCAACGCCGAAGGGAGCAGGUUCAAGGGGGGGAGGGCGCUGCAUGCUGCUGCUGAGGGGGGCCACGUGCGGGUGUGCGAGACGCUGCUGGGCGCCGGGGCCGAGAUCGAGGCUGGGGCUGGGGCUGGAUGGGGGGGUAGAGGGCAGACUGCGUUGCAGUGCGCUGCUGCAAGGGGGCAUGGUGAGGUUGUGAGGUUGUUACGGAGCAGGGGGGCGACGGGAUUGGAAGGUGGAGGGGUGACUUUGUUUGGUUGA